AUGGAAGAUACCUUUUUUAUGAGUUAUCCCACAUGCCAACUUAGUUGGCUCAAUUUGGUACAUGCUGAAAUUAUUUCGGUGACUAGUGCAAUGAGAAAGAAUUCGCGAUGGUCUGGAAUGAGCGUGAGUCGGUUGAAUAUGGGUGGUCUGGGAAUGAGUAUGGGUCUGAGGGGAAGAACAGCUGUGGCGGAAGAAGAUACGUUUAGAAGUCAGGAAAGUCCUCUCAUGACCGGGUUUUCUAAUUUAAGAAUUCAAUUAUCAAAUAUAUUCGACGUCCGCGAAAUCGAUGCACUUGCUUUACUGGAGCCUUUUUUAGAAGUGAUUAGAUCUGGUGACACGAAUGGCCCGAUUACAGCAACAGCCUUGAGUAGUGUAGAAAAAUUUUUAGCUUAUAAAAUUAUCAACAUAAAUUCGCCGAAUCUUUUUGAUGCCAUGUCGAAUCUUUCAUCCGCGGCUACUCAUUGCAAAUUUGAAGUGAGCGAUCCGGUAUCUGAUGAAAUUGUGCUAUUAAAAAUUUUGCAAGUUUUACGAUUGGCACUUACCAGUGAAGUGGGGCAAGUGUUAAGUGAUAAAGCGUUGUGUGAGAUGAUGGAAACAGGGUUGAGUAUGUGUUGUCAGAUGCGUUUAAAUGAAUUGCUUCGAAGAUCAGCAGAGCACACAAUGAUUAUCAUGGUUCAAACGAUGUUUGAGAGAGCUCAAGAUGAUGAGGAUCCUGAAGACUCAGAUUUAAAACCUUUCGGAAUACCCUCAAUAAACGAGCUGCUUCGAGUCUUAAUUUCUUUACUUGAUCCUCAUGAUCAUAAACAUACAGACACCAUGAGACUUAUGGCUUUAAGUAUUUUGAAUGUAGCUUUUGAGGUUGGCGGUCAUAAAAUUGGCCGAUUCCAACCUUUAAGGGAACUUGUAAUAGAUGACUUGUGUAAAUUCUUAUUUCAGCUCGCAAGAACAGAAAACAUAUUGCUAUUGCUUUACACACUUCGUGUUAUCUCGACGGUUUUUGAUACAAUGCGUCCAUAUCUCAAACUGCAAGGCGAACUUUACUUAUCAUUUCUCAUAGAGAGAUUAAUACCCCCGACGAGCAACCUUGAAAUCAAUUCUGAAUUUAGUAAUACUCUUGUUAGUCUCGAUUCACCACUUUCUUCGGGAAUGUCAACUCCACUUGAAAAAACGAUGCGUCCAAACGGUGAGCCCUCGAUUGCUACCGGGGAAGUCCGAGAGCUUUUACUAGAGUCGUUAGGUCAAUUUGCUCGAAUACCUACAUUUAUGGUUGACUUAUGGGUGAAUUAUGAUUGCAAUCUUUAUUGCGGCGAUUUAUUUGAAGAUGUGGUCAAAUUCUUAAGUCGGAAUUCCUUGCCCGAUUCAACUGGCUAUUCAGCUAGUCAUUCCCAUAUUCUUUGUUUAGAUGCUCUUCUAUUGUAUAUCAAUUAUACAGUGACUCGCCUACAGGCUAAGAAAAAUGUAAAUAAUUCGUUGACCUCAAAAAAAUCAUGGGAUCAAAUGUCUGCUACUGAUUAUAACGAUGGAAUAAGACCUUCGAAAUAUCCUUCUCCGAUAGAACUUUUAGAUCGAAAAAAUAAAAAAAAAAUCUUAAUCGAAGGUGCAUCAAAAUUUAACGAAAAUCCCAAAACUGGUCUGGAGUUUCUUGAAGCUAACGGUAUUAUAAUUAACGAUUCUACAAUGGACAAAAACACCAGUAUUGCUCGUUUUCUCAAAGAAACGCCUCGUAUCAAUAAGAAGCAUCUUGGGGAUUUUCUUUCAAAACCUUCAAAUAUCGAUAUUCUUAAAGCUUUU